UCAGGCGGUACUGCCACGCCUUUGCGAAGCCAAUCUGGCAAAACUGGAAGGAGAAGGCGUGUUCUUUCCACCAUGGAAAAGCAAGCUGCAACAUGUCAACCCAAGAAACACUUCCAAAAUGAGAAUAAGGGGUUUAAAAUGAACUCAUACAUUUCUUGACCAGCAGAGUAUACAGAUACCAAACGAAAAUGAACUACUUCCGCUCUACAAUACAACGAACAACACUUGCAGGCAGGCAUCGAGCACAGUCUGCUGCUUCACCGGGAUCUGUAACGCAAGGAGUCCACAAUGUUUCGCGCCAAAGCGCUGCGUCGCCCCAUCUCAGAGGAAACAUGAACGGAGGUUUCAACGAGCAAUGGCUCUCGAAUCCGUCCAUCUUGGUUUUCUUUGGGGGCGCUCUGACUUUCUUGUCGGGCAUGGCUCUGCAGUCAUUGGUGUUCGACGAGGGCGCUUCGAAAAAGCACACUGACAUUCAGCAAUGGGGCAGUAAAAGAUUCAUGUCAGUAGUAAAGCGAACUGCAGAGGGAUGGGUUCAAAGCUUGGCUGUUGCCAACAAUGACAGUGAGCACCAGCACCGUCGUGAGAUACUACCCCAUUUCUAAUAAGAUAUUUAUAAAAAGCUAAUCGACGAUACAGUUGCUACAUUAGAAAGUCCAAAAGGGUACAAUUCAAGCGGCAUGUAGGAUGUGCAUACCGUACCUACAUGUACGUUGCCUGUCCGCAUGGCAAGCUAGGUUACCUUUUUCAGCAGGCACAUAUCCAAUUCUAGGCAACAAUUGAUCCUCAGCAGAAUGACAAUCGAAUCGAUUGGGCUUCUUUUAACGCUAGCUAGUUGU